AUGGCUCCCCAGACGGGCCCCAGCGAGAAGGGCUCGUGUCCCGUCCCCCCUUUCCCGCAGCUCUUCACCUGGGAGGAGAUCAGGACGCGCGACGGGCGCGGGCAGAGCCGCCAGCAGUGGCUGGUCAUCGACAGGAAGGUCUACGAUGCCAGCAGGUUCUCCAAGCAGCACCCUGGAGGCAGCAGGGUUCUCAGCCACUACGCCGGGCAGGAUGCCACGGAUGCCUUUGUAGCUUUUCACAACGAUAAGUCCCUGGUGAAAAAGUACUUGAGAUCUCUGCUGAUUGGGGAGCUGGCACCAGAUCAACCCAGCUUUGAGUCCAAUAAAAAGAAAUCCCUCCUGGAGGAUUUCCGUGAGCUGCGCUGCACCGUUGAGAAGAUGGGACUGCUGAGGCCAAACUACUUCUUCUUCUUUCUGGUUUUCCUUCACCUCCUGGUCCUGGAUGCUGCCUCCUGGCUCGUGGUCUGGUACUUUGGCAUCUCCCUGGUGCCUUUCCUGGCUGGCAUGGCGUUCUUCACUGUGGCUCAGAUCCAGAUGGGCUGGUUCCAGCACGAUCUGGGGCACUGCUCUGUCUUCAGGAAGCCCCGGUGGAAUCGGCUGCUGCAGACCGUGGUGAUAAAUGUCCUGAAGGGGUUACCUGCCAGCUGGUGGAACCACCUGCACAAUCAGCACCACGCCAAGCCCAACUGCUUCCGUAAGGACCCCGACCUCAACAUGCACCCCCUGCUCUUCAGCCUGGGAAAGACACUUUCUGUGGAGCUUGGAAAGAAGAAGAAGAAGUUCAUGCCUUACAAUUACCAGCAUAAGUAUUUCUUCUUGUUGGCCCCAAUUGCACUCAUCCCCUUCUUCCAGCUGACUAUAUUCCACUUUACAAUCAAGAGGAAAAAGUGGUUGGACCUGAUAUUGAUUGUGUUUUUCAACAUCCGAGUUUGCCUCAUGUAUGUCCCUUUGAUGGGAUUUAAGAACUUCAUGAUUUACUAUUGGCUGUCCAGGUACUUUGAGAGCACCUGGUUUGUCUGGGUGACACAGAUGAACCACAUCCCCAUGGACAUCCAGUACGAUCAGAACGAGGACUGGGUGUCUACUCAGCUCCACGCAACCUGCAAUGUGAAGCAGUCUUUGUUCAAUGAUUGGUUCACUGGGCACCUGAACUUCCAAAUAGAGCACCACCUGUUCCCCACCAUGCCUCGACACAACUACUGGAAAGUGGCUCCCCUGGUGAAAAGCCUUUGUGAGAAGCACGGCAUUGAAUACAAGAGCAAGACUUUACUGACAGCCUUUGUAGAUAUUUUGCAUUCCCUGAAGAAUUCUGGAGAGCACUGGCUUGAAGCAUACCUGCAUGGGUAAAAACUGGCAGCUCUCAAAGGGAACCUCUUCACCACCCAACUGCUGCCAGGGCUCAGCACAGACCAUCCACGUGUGUGUCUCCAGGCACAGAAACUCAGGAGCUGGGCAAAGUUAAUUUCAGUAGGAACCAGCUGGGAAAGUGGCUUAAAGAGACUUUUUUUUUUUUUUUUCUCCUUGAUCUCAACCAUGAACCUCUAUUUUUUCUGCUCUCAAUCUCAGAAUUUGGAGAUGGGCUUUUAAACUGGGGGAGAAUUUGAAUCAGCUUGAUGAGUUUAACUUCACCGGAGGCACCAGCUCAUUGCUUAUGGAAGAAGUUUGGAAUGAAACUCUUUAUAAUGUCAGAGAACCACGGAAUGGUUUGGAUUGGAAGAGACUUUAAAGAUCAUUUUGUUCCACCCCCUGCUGCGGGCAGGGACA